UGUGUUUAAUGAUGUUGACAUAUCUCCAAGAAUCAUUGAGUUGUCAAUUUAAAAACCUAAGGAGAGCGUAUGACAUAUGUGUAUUAAUCCUAUGUCUUCUUGGAUAAAACCGCUGUAUGAUACGGCCUAUAACACUUAUACAGAAAAACACCAUCCACGGGGAAAGGAACAGAACAGACAGUAUAUUUCUCGAAGUCCUUUCCGUCAUGACUUCUUGAAAUUUUGUUAAUUUAUAUUUUGAUCAUUGAAUUAUUUGGAUUUAUCAAUCAAGUGAGAAGAGUUAGUUGUUAAAGAGACAAAAUGUUUGCUCUUCCAACUCUGCACUUUACACCACAACAAGUGGCACAAGUUUGUGAGACUUUGGAAGAAAGUGGAGAUAUUGAACGCUUAGGACGCUUUCUAUGGUCUUUGCCUGUUAACCCUUCUGCUUGUGAAGCUUUAAACAAACAUGAAUCAGUUUUGAGAGCCCGAGCACUUGUUUCUUUCCAUACAGGAAAUUACAGAGACCUUUAUCACAUUCUUGAGCAUCAUAAAUUCACCAAAGAAUCCCAUGCCAAAUUACAGGCGAUGUGGCUAGAAGCCCAUUACCAGGAAGCCGAAAAACUUCGCGGACGACCCUUGGGUCCUGUGGACAAAUACCGAGUAAGGAAGAAGUUCCCCCUUCCCAGGACAAUUUGGGAUGGGGAACAGAAGACACAUUGCUUCAAAGAGAGAACCCGCAACCUUCUAAGGGAAUGGUACCUCCAGGACCCUUACCCCAACCCAACCAAGAAGCGGGAGCUGGCAACAGCAACUGGGCUGACGCCUACUCAAGUUGGCAACUGGUUCAAGAAUCGGCGACAGAGAGACAGAGCCGCUGCGGCUAAAAAUCGUCUUCAGAACCAGCAGAGCGGAGAUAAACUUAGCUGUUUAGGAGCCUCAUCACCAACAAUAACUUCAUUCGAUGACGAUGAAAAAAUCGAUGUUGACGUCGAUGAUGACGACGAUGACUUCGAUAAUUUGGAUGAUUCUCGCAGCAGCACGAGUUCUCCAAACUCCCAAGUCUCUGCACGAAGCCCGCACAGCCAGAUGAAGUUGUCACCUACGUAAUGGGUUAUAACUGUUAUCGAUAUAUACACUGUAUACUUUUAAUCGGGAUUCUGAAUCCAUACUGAUGAUGAUCGCCGAUAUGUUUUCAGCACAUGAAAAACGAUUGAUAGAUCGACUCUUGCCAUCUAUGGAUGUUGUUUUUGUUAACAUUUCAUUGGCCUCGCGGUAGUGGGUUUUUCAUUGCUAUGUAUUUUUUGUUAUUUUAUUGAUAUGAUGAAUUUUCCUGUACAUUGUUCCCUCAUUAAGUGGUUGUCUGGAGCAUUUUCUUGUACUUAAGUGCUACUACAUGUGAAUGUAUUUUAAAAGUUACUUUUUAAAACUGUAUCCUUUAGAAUGUGUCAUUUUGCAAAGAGAAGUUUUACAACCUCCAAAAAUCAUUCAAGCAGCAUGGCACUUUAGACUUAAAUAUUUCUUUAUUAACAAUAUUUCUCUUUUGGAUUUUCAUCUGUGAAAAUCCCACUAAAAUCGUACAUGUAUCUAGAUAAAACUGAAAUUUAGGAAUUUAAGGAGAAAAACUAAAGUUACUGUAACUGCAAAAGUCUACUUCUGUCUCCUUGGAUAAUACAAGUACCUGUAUUUAUAAAAAUCAAAUUCUUACUUAAUAAUAUGAACUAUAAUUUAUAAACAUUUUUUGGCAGAAGUUUAUUAUUAAUUCCAAUUGAAAAAUAGGUUUUUGUGUGAAACUUACGAUGAAUUGCAUUACAGUAUAUAGAUAUAUGGGGUAUUAACCUGUCCAUUCACUUUAUGAAAUGUUUCCAUUGUUAUGUUUAUUAUGAGUAAACUGAUUGA